CAACCAGCGCCAGCUUUCACGGGCCGACCAUAUGCAACCAUCCCGGUCUCAACCGGUCGUGAUCAACAACGAGGAUGGACAUAGAAAUGGACGGGGACCCACCCAAUUCGACCAUCCCAUUGACUACGACCAGUUUCCUUAAGGCGAGGGAAUACAGGCAUAGACGCAGACGGAGUUUGGCUGAGAGUGAAUCGAGCUGUAAUUCUGGCAACGAUUUCAACCAGCAGAAAGAAGGUACAAGUCCGGCGAAGAGCAGGUUGAGGGAGGAUAACGCGAUUCAAACGAUUGUUCAGACCCCACCACCAACAACAGAACACCCAACCACAAAUAUGGCCUCAACACUACGCUCACCCUCUGCGCCUCCCAUGCCAAACGCGACCCGACUCGGAAUGAACAGCACAACGACCACGCUUCUGGGAUACGUACCCCAGAUCCUGCCGACGCCGUGGAGUGUGAAGAGGUGGUUACUCGAUACGCCUCCCCCAUCAACGUCGGGUGAUGGAGGAGAUAAGGGGUUUGGGCCUAUGCAGAGUGCAGCGCCUGUGCCGAGAGCAGGAACGGAUACGCCGCCGUUUAUGUCCAUUGAGAGGGAUCAUGGACAGGGACGCGUCGUCGGUGAGGUAGUGAGAGAGACGAGGCCCCCGACGUAUGAGACUUCGGUUGGGAGGCGACAUGGGACCGAGAUCGCUGUACGCAUCAAGGAGAAACAUAUCGACCAAGACAAACAGAAGGAUUAUGAGAAGAAGCCGGGGUUCGAUAGGAAGAGAGCGGCGCAGGGGUUGAGAUUACUUUCGAGUGCGGUGGAGGAAAGUGCGCCAGGCGGUGACCCGGAGCUAAGUCAAGCGUUGUACAUCGACGGCGCCGUAUACAUUCUUCGCGCACUUCCUGACGCUGGGGAUGGACUCUCUGCGCUUGACCGUGAGCGACUUUCCUCAAUCCUCGACCCCCACGGACCAAACCCUAAACAACAGAAAGUGGAAGAAUCGGCACUGCAUACGACGAUUGUAUCGAGUAUGUACUUUACUGCCCUCGCCACAAAAACCUACGCUCCCCUCCUCCUAACCCGGAUCCGACGUCUUCAUCCCUCGGUGGAUGAUUUAUACACGUACAGUCUGGAAAAGGUGUGCGAGGUGGAGGAAAGGUGGGGGGUUAGGGAACGGGUUGGGUGGGUUUUGGGUGGGGUUAGGGGGAGUGGGGUUGGACCGCUUGUGGGGGAUGUGGUUGGGGCUGUUGUGGAGGGGGGGAGGGGGGCUGUUGGAGUCUUUACGGGUGAUCAAUAG